ACUCAUUCCACACUCAAAAUCUCUCUCUAGUGACAGCUCAAAGCCCGGCCUAAUCCUCAAAAUGGCUCACUGGCUAUCAUCCCUUGUCAUUGCACUGACAUUCACAAGCUUUUUCACUGGUCUCUCAGCUAGUCGCCAUCUUCUUCAAUCAACACCAGCGAUGCCGCCACCGGCUACAACAACGUUCCCACCAUUUCCUCCUUCUUCUUCUCUUCCUCAGCCCACGGCGUUUCCACCACUACCGAGCUCACAGAUACCUCCUUUGACUAACCCGGCACAACCCAUUAAUAUGCCAAACUUCCCACAAAUAAAUAUCCCUAACUUCCCGAUUUCUGUCCCAAACAACUUCCCAUUCAAUCUUCCCACCAGCAUUCCAACCAUCCCAUUCUUCACUCCACCACCUUCCAAAUGAGAAGAUAUAUGUGCUCUCUUUAGUACACAUCACAGUAUUACCAUCUUUCUAUCUUACACACUUUGUUAGCACGUGUUUGUAAUGUUUCUAAAAUAUUCGUCAUGUUGUUUGUUUGAUGUUGUCCUUGUGUUUUCUUGUUGUUUCUGUUUCUGCCAGAUUUAGUUUCUUUUGUAAUAUUUACAGUUUAUUCUUAUUCUAUGUAAUGACUACUUGCUUUGAUUGA